UCCGGACCCUAGAGCCGGCCCCCAACCUCUCACCAAGUGGCAUCAAAUCCAGCCUAUCCAACCUGCAACAAGCUGUACUUCACAACUAGAUUCGCUGCUUCAGUAGCAGUGACCAUGCCCGGCCAUCAGAUUUAUUGAUCCAGACGAUCUAUGUAAGCUUGAGUUGCAAUUUUAUUUCGGGGGUGGUGAGGAGAUUCUCCGCGAAAAAAAAACACCGAAGUGCUCACUCAUUGAACCCAAUUCCUCCCCUUUUUUUGAAAAGGGGAUUUUUACGGAGGUGUACAGAUUCUCCACGCCCCCCCCCCUCUUCUUUCUACAUGGCGAACAAAGCGAUCGAUUGGGAGUGCAGCGGGGAUCGCGACAUGUACGGUCACUUUCAGGACUGGUGUCUGAGGACCUACGGGGAUUCUGGCAAAACAAAGACGGUCACUCGGAAAAAAUAUGACCGGAUUGUGCAGCUCCUGAGCGGAGUCGAGCUCAGCUCGGUUGAUAAUGCAAAAUUCAAAUUUUGGGUGAAAUCGAAGGGAUUCCAGCUGGGGAUGAGCGAUCAGAAAAAGGGUGCUGCCGGAAAACCAGCGGUGUACGUACCAGUAAAAACAACGACUGGAGAUGGAGUCACAGCUAAAGAAAGCAUCUCUCUGAAACGCGUGGCUGUGGUGGAGGACUUUUUUGACAUCAUUUAUUCUAUGCAUGUGGAAACAGGGACUGAGACUGCGAAGACGGCGAAACAUGCCGGACAGAAGCGGACUUACAAAGCGAUUGCUGAGACAUAUGCAUUUCUCCCAAGAGAAGCAGUCACAAGGUUUUUGAUGAGCUGCACCGAAUGUCAAAAACGAAUGCACAUAAAUCCGAAUGGUGUGGACUCAAAAGAAAAUGAAAGACCUUCCUCACUGGCUGGCGUGAUAGAUUAUAAUAUGCCCAUCACUGCCACAUACUUGAAGCAGAUGAAACUCCAGUUUAUGAGUACACCUCAACACCUGGAUGAAAGUUCAGUGAGCAGUGAUGAUUUUGAUAUGAGUGACGCCACAUGGAUUUCAGCUGACCAGUGUGUGAACUCUGAUUUAAGUCCCAGUCAAGAAGAAAGAAUGCACAGCCCACAGAAUCUGCAUAACCAGGAAUAUGAUGAUUCAUCUUCAGAAUGCUACAGCGGGAAUGGCUCUACUACCCUGAACCCUGCAACAUCAAACAGUACACCGGGAGACAGUACGUUCCCAGAGAUAAAUGGAAAUAGCUCCACUGGCCUGGACUACAGUGCUGGCCCAGAUGACCAGCCAGUCAACCUCAGUGAGCGGCUUCAACCUGGUCAAAUGGAUAAUGGCAAUAUAGAUGGGCAAAGAAACCGGGUUAAAUACACUGGAAAAGCAACCUCCGAUAUCAGAUUGAACAGGGACACAAGAGACUAUGGGAAUAAGACCUCGAUAAUGGAAUCUCAGAUUGCCAGAAGCUGCUGGUCAGUCAGAGGCCAGCAGCCUCUGGGUCCUAAAGACUUUUGGUUGAGGCCUAUUUUCAUGGGAUCCAAUGGCAAGAAGUCUCCACAUUACAGCUCAGGAAGUUACGACUCUGGCAGAAAUGAGCUUUCAGGAAGUUGUCCAGAAGAUCUAUCAGUUAGCAGGGGAGGGGACGAUGAUGACGACGAUCACGAUGACCAUGAAGACAGUGAGAAGAUCAAUGACUCUGAGGGAAUGGAUCCUGAGAGGCUAAAGGCUUUCAAUAUGUUUGUGAGGCUGUUUGUUGAUGAAAAUCUUGACCGAAUGGUUCCCAUUUCAAAACAGCCCAAAGAAAAGAUUCAGGCUAUCAUUGAGUCAUGCAGCCGACAGUUCCCUGAAUUUCAGGAGAGAGCCCGAAAGCGCAUUCGCACUUACCUCAAGUCCUGCAGGCGAAUGAAAAAAAAUGGCAUUGAACUGGCGUCUCGCCUACAUGCCUCUUCUUUCAGACAGGAGGACAGGGAAGAGGGAGCCUCCAACUUCUUCAUGACUGCUGUCACUGGUUCAGCUCCUUCUUCAACCAACAGGAAACGUGCUUGCUGGAGGGUGAGACGGACAUCUGGUUUUUCUUCCUCUGAGUCACGACCCACCCCUCCUCAUUUGACCUCCGCUAUGGCAGAAAAUAUUUUGGCUGCUGCAUGUGAGAGCGAAAGCAGGAAAGCAGCAAAACGGAUGCGACUGGAAGCAUAUCAGCUGCAGGAUGAACCUAUUGCACUAGAUAAACACACUCAACAAACCAGGGAGACUGUUCAGCUUGCCCACAACACUUAUUCACUGCCUGCUGCUUCCUAUUCACAAGAUCAGAUGUAUAUCAAUGGCGGACUGAACUACAGUUACCGUGGUUACGGAGGAAUAGGAGGUGGACUGCAAACUGGCACCCUUAGCAAUGGUCCAACAGAUCUCAGCAUGAAAGCACUGGCCUCUAACUCAGCUUCAUCCAACACAAACAACAGGAGCAUACCAGCAGCACAGCUCAGUCCAACAGAAAUUAAUGCGGUCCGGCAGCUCGUUGCUGGCUACAGAGAGUCAGCAGCCUUCCUCCUUCGCUCCGCAGAUGAACUGGAAAACCUCAUUUUACAACAAAAUUGACUCUUGCCAGCAUAGUCCUAAUGAUAAAACCCCAUAUCCUGUAGUUAUCCAGUUCAAAACUGGAAACUGGGGGAGAUUCCUCAUGUUACAAGAUGGCCAUUAACCCGUUGCUGCUAUGGAAGUGAUAACACCACCAACCUUUAACCUCAGAUCUUCAUCAGGAGCAGAUGUGAGCGUACAUAAGUCUUCAACCCAAGGACCUCACUCACCAGAGAAUAUUUGGUUUCUUAGCUGGCAGCAUAAACUGAAAGAUUUGACACAUGCAAGGACUGUGCUCCUUUCACAGGCAGGUGUAGUUCCUGGCCACUUGCCAUACAAAACCCACAUAGCAUUCAAUUCCCAGGUGCAAUACCUAGUAACGCUGCUAAUAGAUGUAACUUAGUCUGGGCCUUCUGGAAGAACAACAGAGGAGUUGAUCUCCCUUGGUUUGUGUUCAUUCUGGUCAUCAGUUUCAAGUAUGAGGAUAGUAGCAUCAUUUGUACAUCCAUUAUUCACUUAACUCAAGAUGAUCUUAGAACAAGCUGGCCUUUUUUGCUCCUUUUGAAAUCUAAACAUUUAGCUAUGGACUAGUAUGUGCAGUGAAAACUGCACUAUAUUAAUAUUGCAACUAAUGGAGACCAGUGGUGAUCCACACUCAAUAAAAUAUUCGGUAUUAAAGUUGUUUAUCAAAUAAUUAGGCCAAAGGGUGAAAUUUGUGAACAAGGGAUACAACCUGAGUUGAAAGGUAAUGAAGUACUGCACAUUUAACUAUAACUAAUUGUCUGUACUUAAGAUUUGCAGCUAUUUUGAGCUUACCUGUGUGGAUUGGAAUCUUAGAUGAACAACCUGAAGAAUUAUUAUGUGUUCUGAUACUUGAAAGUGCCCAACGGAAAAUAAAGCAUUUGUAGCCUAUAAUCAUGUUAUUAUGCCCGUAUCAGUAGGUUAGGCAUUCUUAGAAUCAUUCAUAAGAUGACAAAACUUAAUCUUCAUCAUAACUUGUUUCACAUCAUCCUUUUAUUAGCAUUUCCAAAUGGCCAUAGUAUAAAUGCAGAGUCAGGACCCAGCUUGACUCUAAAGAGCCUCAGAGUGAAUGUCUGGAGAAAUGACCCCAUCCCAUCUGUUUAAAUUGCAAUGUCUUACAGUAACAAAAGCAAAUGUUCAAAGGAAAAUACACUGGCAUGUCUUGGACUUACUGAACACAAAGAAUCAUAUGCUGUAGUUGCUGACAUUUCAAUAAUAUUUGCAAUUCAACUGCUGAGAGGUGCUCGUACACAGACGUAGGUAUAGACUCAAAAGGGCUGUCUCUUGGGCAAGAGAAAAUGUUAUAGCAAGUCAAUGUAGAUGAGUAUUGACUCACUAAAAUUGAAUAUAAAUACAGUCCAAGUGCUACCUUUUGCAAGCAGUUAUCCAUUUUUGGAUAAUUUUUUCUUAAUCCACAGUCAAACGCUUGAUUUCAAGUCCUGCAAGAUUAACUUUUCGUCUCUUCAGUAAACUAAAGUGGAUCAUGAAACAUUUCAGAACUCAGGUAGCAAUUUAUACCAACCUAAAUUUUUUACUAUUUUUUAAAAAAUGAAUACUGUGAAACAAAUUGUUAUUUUAUACUUUUAUCUGAUUCUGCUUUUUAAUAGUUACCAUUAACUUAAAAUAAUUAUUGUAUAUCUUUAUAUUGUUAGAAAUAAGCACUGUGUUUGAAAAGUCUCAAAUUUAGUUCUCAAAAGGUUAAAAACUUUCUUCACUGGCACCAAGCUGUAUAAUUAUGUUGAACAAGUUGGCUCCAGGAAGGUAUUAACCUAUAUUAUAGGUUUGUUUUACUGCAGUGAUGUUGUUUGAGUUUCUUUCAGGUUAACCACACUCAUGGAUGAUUGAGUCUUGUUCUCUGUGUUGAUGGGUGUGCUUAUUAACUGCAGAAAUAUCUACCUGAGACAAAGUAUCAUAUUCAUGAGAUAGACUUUUAGAGAAGAGAACUGGGCUGUCUGCCUAAAAAGAGAGCCCAAGCAUGAUGUGAAAAUUGGUAGAUCUGCAUCCUAAUGUCACAUGCGUCGCCAUAUUGGUUGCUUUCCAAAGAACUUUAUUAAACACCUAUUUACUGUGAAAAACUUGGUGUUGCUGUGAGGUCCUAAAGGAUACAGUUUUGAAAAGGGUCAAAUUCCUACUACUUAAGAUCAUACCAAAUGAGUGAAGAAUAGAAAUGACCUAGUUUGCUCCAUGCAUGUAACAUUUACCCUACCUUUAGAGCAACCUCAGAUAUACUUAGUCAAAAGAGUGCUUAAUUAUGUGAUUAUCCAGAUACUGUUAAAUAUGCUGGCUAUUAAUGUUUAAACACAUCUAGAAAAAGGCUAUGAGAUACCUCUACCUCAGUUUCCCCUUCAUUAUUAGUGACCAUCACCAUGAAUUAGAACUUGAUGUCCAUCCUCAUAGAACAACUGAUCCAGGAAACAAUUAGCUACAGAUGUUGCUCACUCACUGUUCCCUUGCAUGUCAUUAAGUUAUUGCUUUCACAUUACUUAGAAAACAUCUGAAAGUACAAACACUAUUCAUUUGAAUUUAUCAAUAAACUAUUUGUAAAGGCAUUGAAAACUUGCAGCCUUUAAGAAUAGAUAUUUAAUAGAACAACCCUCAGCAAUUAUGACAGUUUAUCAUACGGGAGAAAUGUUUUCAAGACCGUACUAAUCUUGAAAUUCAGUGCUUAUUCACAAAUACAUAUAUUCAGGAAACAAACAAUUGUUAUACCACGCAGUAAUGCACACUGAACGUUGAUAGAACUGUUGAGGUGCUACUGCAAACAUCAUUUUAAGGUGUUAUAUUGUUAUGUACUUUCUUUUGAACACCAACCAUCCAACAUCUUGUGAACAAAGAUUACUUUUCAACAAGGGUAAACUUCAAAGAAAAAUAAUCCUUAAACCAGAUCAUCGUCCAUUUCAGAGUGAUCCGAUAUUUCCUUGAACAGUGAAAAGGAACUGAGCUUCUAAAGAGAUGAAAAAGUUCAUCUACAUAGAUCAUUAAAACAUACUGUUCAGUCACAUGAAAAAAAUCUAACGGUAAUAUUUGCUUUUACGCAGACCAGGGCUUCCCAAAAUAUGAGUUGAGAGCUACAAUGGCUGUUGUGGAGCUUUUAUUCAAUUCUCCCAGCUGCAUUCCUGCUCUAAUGUACAGGCGCCUACUUUCCUCUCAGGGAUCUCCCUUCUGCCCCUCUCAAUUGCCACCUUGGGGUUUGCAACAAUUUUCAAGCCUCAAAAUAGAGUUACAAUGGCAAAAAAAGGUUUAAAAAGCACUGUUCUGGAGUAUAAUUUGGAUGAAACUUUUCUACAGCUAUAUGAAGGCCUGGUGAUAUCAUCAUGCCUGAAGUACUGUGUACAGAUCAGGGCACUGCACCUCAGGAUAUUUGGGUUGAGCAAAGAGGAGGAAACAUUACAAGGCUUAUGUUAUGACUAUUCAUCAAAAUAGAAGGUUAUGGUGAUGCAGUUGAGGAUUAUAGAAUUUUGUAAGGAAUUGAUAGGUUAGAGAAAUGUUUUCACUAGUGAAGAACGCUCAGACAUAGAGAUAUCACUGAAAAUUAGAGCCAGAUCGUUCAGGAGAAGAGUUAAGUAAAAUUUCUUCUCAAAAUUGAAGAAAUGUGAAAUCUUUCAAAAAGCUGUGCUUACUAACUCAAUUCAUAAUUUCAAAUCUGAAAGGUUCUUUUCCAAGAAAAGGGUAUUAAAGCCAGAGAUCACCAUGAUCUCACUGAAUGGAGGAACAUGCUUUAGGGACUAAAUCACCUUGUGUUCCCAUGUUGCUACGGUGGUGCCAUACUGAGAACUACUUAGUAAACACAUUGUGUUGAAUUUCUUUUUUUUAAGUUGAAGUUUUUUCCCAGUAACUACAUCUACAUCAUUUUUGGAUUAUUUACUAUUCAUCAAGUAAAUUUGAGCUUAUUUCAAUAUCAGUAAAUCAUGAACAGUUGUUAAAAUAGUCUAUCAUCCAUAAUGAAAAUGCUACUAUCCUCAUAACAGUUUAAUCGUACAGAUCACUGGCACAAACAGAUUUUGAAUCAGUGGUCAUUUCCACCACUGUGAUAGUAAUGUUGAAAGGCGAUGGAAGCUUAAUAUAACCUCAGUAAUAUACUUAUGGGACCUCUUUCAGGCCAAAGAGCAGGUAUCUGCUCUCUGGCUUCUGUUUUAUGCUAAUUGUCCAUGUGAGUGAUUUGUAUAUGACAAAUGUUACUUUUCUUCGUAGUGGGGAGGGUAUAUUUUUAUGUACAGGAUGUUGCUAAGUUUUGUUCUGUGGGUUGUUGUCCUUAGCAGUUCCAGAGGAAAAAAAUAGGCAAAAGACAAUCUUAGCCCCCCCCUUUGAUGCUGUAAUUUACUUUUUCUUAAGUGCAGCUAUGGAGUAAAGCUGGGGGACCAAGUAUUUUUCAGCCAUAACUUAAAGUCACUGAAAUAUUGUUGCACAAUGAUAAUGAGUAGUUCUGAAGACUGUGUAAUUAUACAGUCAUCAUUCAAAGAUCUAAAACCUUUGAGUGUAGACUUUUUAAAAUUCUAGCUGUUAGCCUGUUUACCUUAGUCAUCUACUGAACUAUUGUACCCUUAUGCAGAAAGUGCUGACCACACAGAAUACAUUUUCUGAAUGGAAACUAUACGAGUGGCACUGAACAAUGCUAGCUGUCCUGCUGCAGAAGUAAUUUCCUGUAGGAUUCAGGGGUUUAAUAACAAUUAACCGGCUAGAAAUUGAUUAUUAUACAAUUGCAAUCAACAAUUUAACUGGAUGUUGUUAACAAACAACAAAAAUAGCGGUGCUUUCAAUUUAUUUUGACUGGGAAGAGGAGAAUCCGGUUCCUUAACUGUUUGUACCUAAUACCAAUGUGAACUUUGUAUUUCCUUCUGAUUUUUGACUCAGUGAAAGUGUGGCUGUUUACAUGUACAGAUUUUGCGAUUUCUUGUGUUCUCCGAUACCUUGUAUUAAUGCUGUAGAGAAGAAAAAACAAAAUAACCCAAAUUCUUUUAAUAUUUAUUGCAUAUACACAGUGAAUAUGUUUUCCAAUACAUGUGGCUAAUAUUUUGAUUCGUGUUGAUAAACGUAAAGCAACUGAGUUCUUGGUAUUUUCUGUUGGCUAAAUGAAUCGCAUGAGCAAUUCUACUUACAUAUCACUAAUUAUGAACCAAUGAUCUUGCUGGAGCUGUCAGCUGUAGCAAAAUACAGUGGUUUCAUUAUACUGUGUGAAAUAUUCUUUGAACUAUAUACAUAUGAGAUGGAAUACUAAUAAAACC